GUAUUACCUCUUCGCCCUCGUCGUUAACCUGAGCCGGGACGCCUACGAGAUCCGGAUCCUGAUGGAACGCGAGGCGGGCGGGAAGCGAGCCAAAGGCGGCGAGAACGGGCGCCAGCUCCGGGCCGACAACGGGCUUCAGCAGCUGGGGCUGAGGCUGCAGAUCCAGCUCCGGCUGUUGAUCCACGUCCUUCGGAACAACCCUCCUCUGCUGCUGGACGUGGUGAAAAACGCCUGCGACCUUUUUAUCCCCUUGGACAAGCUGGGGCUGUACAAAACCAACCCGGGCUUCGUGGGGCUGUGCGGCCUCACCUCUUCCAUCCUCUCCAUCCUCACCAUCCUUCAUCCCUGGCUCAAACUGAAGCCUUAG